CCCACCCAAUUCCUGUAAAAUUGAUCCACUUUUUUUCAAGCAAAAACAGAGCAACACACAAAUGAAGAACAACGAAGAACAAGCUCGAUCGCUAUUUGGUAUUUCUCUUUCUGUUAGACCCAAAUGGCAGCAGUUUCUCAUCUGUUCAUCUGGGUUUUUCUUUGGCUACCUCGUUAAUGGCGUCUGUGAGGAAUACGUAUAUAAUCGGCUUCAAUUCAGUUACGGGUGGUACUUUACGUUCGUUCAAGGAUGGGUUUAUCUCGGCUUGAUUUACUUGCAAGGGUUCACCACGAAGCAAAUGGUGAACCCGUGGAAGACUUAUGUCAAGCUCUCUGCGGUUCUUAUGGGUUCUCAUGGUCUAACCAAAGGGUCGUUGGCUUUCCUCAACUACCCGGCUCAACUCAUGUUUAAAUCUACCAAGGUUCUUCCGGUGAUGAUAAUGGGGGCAUUUAUUCCUGGUUUAAGACGAAAAUACCCUCCUCACGAAUACGUGUCGGCAUUACUUCUAGUAGUAGGACUAAUCCUAUUCACUCUAGCUGAUGCAAAUACUUCCCCUAAUUUUAGCAUCAUUGGAGUUCUGAUGGUAUCUGGUGCAUUAGUUAUGGACUCUUUCCUUGGGAAUUUUCAAGAAGCUAUCUUUACCAUGAAUCCCGAUACAACACAGAUGGAGAUGCUCUUUUGCUCAACCGUUGUCGGUUUGCCGUUCUUGAUUCCUCCGAUGAUUCUGACCGGGGAAUUGUUCAAAGCUUGGAGUUCUUGCUCUCAGCAUCCUUACGUCUAUGGCGUGUUGGUUUUCGAAGCAAUGGCGACAUUUAUCGGCCAAGUUUCGGUUCUUUCGCUCAUUGCCAUUUUUGGAGCAGCCACCACUGCCAUGAUCACAACAGCAAGAAAGGCGGUCACUUUACUUCUUUCGUACAUGAUAUUUACAAAACCGUUAACGGAACAACAUUGUACCGGUUUGAUUAUGAUAUCGAUGGGCAUUGUGUUGAAGAUGGUCCCUGAAAAUAAACCGACGUCUGUAAAGAUCAACGAGGUUUCGCCUUUAUCGAGCAACAGGAACCGAAUGGAAAAUGAUGAGGAGGAUCAAAGGCCUUUGGUUUGA